CUCUGGAGCCCGGACCCAGUGCGGAGUGAGACGGCGGCGGCUGCGGCAGCGUCGAGUGUCCGCGCCUGGGUCUGUGAGUGGAUUGUAGCCGAGCCUGGACUUGUUUCGACCGUGUCCGUGUGUGAGUAGACGGCGGCGGACGCUAUGACUCUGAACGGCGGCGGAAGCGGAGCGGGAGGGAGCCGUGGCGGGGGCCGCGAGCGCGAACGCCGUCGGGGCAGCACACCCUGGGGCCCCGCGCCCCCUCUGCACCGCCGAAGCAUGCCAGUGGACGAGCGCGAUCUGCAGGCAGCGCUGACUCCGGGAGCUCUAACAACGGCGGAGGCCGGAACAGGGGCCCAGGGUCCGAGGGUGGACUGGCCCGAGGGCUCCUCCGACUCUCUCAGCUCCGGAGGCAGCGACUCAGACGAGAGCGUUUACAAGGUGUUGCUGCUGGGCGCGCCUGGCGUCGGCAAAAGCGCUCUGGCGCGCAUUUUCGGUGGUGUAGAGGAUGGCCCUGAAGCAGAGGCCGCAGUCUCCUGCCUAGGGCACACAUAUGAUCGCUCCAUCAUGGUCGACGGAGAAGAAGCAUCACUCAUGGUCUAUGACAUUUGGGAGCAGGAUGGGGGCCGCUGGCUCCCCAGCCACUGCAUGGCCAUGGGUGAUGCAUAUGUCAUCGUGUACUCGGUGACAGACAAGGGCAGCUUCGAGAAGGCCUCAGAGCUUCGGGUCCAGCUGCGGCGGGCGCGGCAGACAGAUGACGUGCCCAUCAUCCUAGUGGGCAACAAGAGCGACCUUGUGCGUUCUCGUGAGGUCUCCUUGGAUGAGGGCCGGGCCUGCGCCGUGGUCUUCGACUGCAAGUUCAUUGAGACGUCGGCUGCACUGCACCACAAUGUCCAGGCGCUGUUCGAAGGUGUCGUUCGCCAGAUCCGCCUGCGCAGGGACAGCAAAGAGGCCAACGCACGUCGGCAAGCCGGUACCCGGCGGCGAGAGAGCCUCGGCAAAAAGGCGAAGCGCUUCCUGGGCCGCAUCGUCGCGAGAAACAGCCGCAAAAUGGCCUUGCGCGCCAAGUCCAAGUCCUGCCAUGACCUCUCCGUGCUCUAGGCCCAUGGGCACUCACUGUGUUGUGCAGACAGUUGGGCAGAUUGGUGGGCUGGCCCAGCCAACUGCCCAAGGUGCCUCCGGGCUGGCUCAGACUCUGGACGUCCCCCACCUCAUGGUCAUGGACAGACAGACAGUGCUGCCCAGCGAGGCUGCUUUCAGUGGCCAUCGAGGGCUGGGCCCACAGAGAGAUGCCUGUGCAGGUCCGUGUGUGUCCCAAGCAGCAGCCCGAGCCCAGCCCAAGUGGCAGGCCUGUGAGGUGGGUAGAGAACUCUGCCUUUCUCUACACCUGUGGUGUGCAUGCCCUGGAGGGAGGCUGUUCAGUGCAGUGGCUAUUUGUUUACAUGCAAAUUUUUUUUUAAUAAAGACUAUUUCCUGGUA